CACUGUUUUCUUUAUCAUUUCGGUGGCAAACUUAUCAUAGUAUGGCCGUCGUGAAGUAUUCACAGUUUUACUUCCACAAAGAAUACGCGAUAAACAUUGCACAGAGCGAAUUAAGAAAGACAUUUUUAAACAAAUUUUUGACGCGAGUGAGAUAAACAAUAAACAAGUGUUCGGUUGAAUUCGAAGAAAUAACCUGCGACCUUUUUCGUUUCAAAAAAUAAUUUUGAAGUACAAAAAUUUUGUCCAAGAUGUGGUUAGUUAGUCAGCCGAAUUCUGUGAUUUUGGAAGUCAAGGUGGACCCCAAUGCCAUUGGACAGGAGUGCCUCGAAAAGGUAUGCGAGAAAUUGGAGAUAGGCGCGGAGGCGGAUUACUUCGGGCUCCGUGUCUGCCCAGGGUCAGGACCCGGAAGGUGGCUUAACUUGCGGAACCCCCUCGACCCUCACCGCAUCCCCGGCGGCCGUCUGGACUUGCGAGUCAAGUUCUGGGUGCCCCCACAUCUCCUGAUCAACGAACCCACCCGCCACCAGUUCUACCUUCACGCGAAACUUGAUCUUACAGAAGGAAGACUAGUCGUCGCAGACAUAGAAGUAGCAAGAAGAAUCAUAGCUUACAUAGCGCAAGCUGAAACUGGCGACUGCGAUCCUGAUCUACCUCCAGUUAACAUCUAUGACGAAUGCGACAGAAUAGGUCCACAGGGUGAGAAACCAGAAGACCACAUCGAGAAGAUCAUUGAUUAUCACUGCGAGAUCGCUGGUAUGCGCGCGUCGCAAGCUGAGUACAGACUUUUGAAAGAAAUUUCGAAAUUGGAAUCGUUUGGAGAGGAAUUAUUCUUCUGUAAGCCAGUGACAUUGAGUAAUAACGCGCACAACUUGUAUAGCCACUUGCAAUACCAUAGACAACAGGUGGAAGAGCCUAGGGCGAGAGAUGAGCAAGAGAUCGAUGGUGGCGCCACAGUCGGCUGCUUGACGUCCGGACAGAAUGUCGGCGGCUGCGGCUGUAGGCUCAGCACGUGCGUUGGAGUGGGCCCACACGGCAUCGUGGUAUACCGGCCCGCGUGCAACGGCGAACAGGACAUUGGAGUUGAAAAACAAAGCAUCCCGUACACAGCAAUCCACCGAGCUCAGCCUCUUCGCCGUAUCUUCCAGCUGUCAUACGUCACAGGGGAAGGCCACGAGGCAACUUUGCACGUCAAAAUGGCGACUUCAGGACAAGCGGCCGCUUUAUACCGCGCAGUGACAGAGAAACAUGCGUUCUACUGCUGCGAAACCGUCAGGAGUGAUGUCACGGAGCAGUUUAUUAGGGAUUUGAAGGGCACGAUAGCGUCCAUCUUCAACGACUCGACGACGCUGGGCCGGCGCUACGUGUUCGACAUCCGCCGCACGUGCCGCGAGCUGCACGACCGCGCGCGCCGCGCCGCGCACGCGCACGCCGCCGCCGCGCACGCGCACGAGCCGCGCGCACGGAGGGGGUCGCGCGGGGGGGGCGACCACGACGAGCCCCGCUCGCGGUCUCGUAGCGGCGGCGACGCGCUGGCGUGUCGCGUGUGCAUGGACCAGCCUAUGGACACGCUGUUCCUGCCCUGCCGGCAUGUCGUCUGCUGCGAACACUGCGCGCCACGCUGUGAACGCUGCCCGCUAUGUCGCGGCGAGAUCGAGAAGCUAAUGCAUAUCUUCCUCCCGGUGGAAUACCAGAAAACUACAGGCGUCAUAGUCAAGUGAACAAUCCACGUUCAAAGGAUCGCUGAAACCGACGACAUAUCGAAAUUACAACAUUUUAAAAACAAAAUGUCAAAAAUGUGAUUCGAUUCGAAAUUCCCACGCAAUCCGCCAUGUUGGCAGAACGGAUUGUCAGUGGCUGAAUAAACAAGUGCCCAUGUCCAAGAGACGAGAAAAAGGUGGCCUUAACCGACUAUAAAAGUGUGUGUGUGAAUGUCUAGUCAGAACAAUUUGACUUACGUGUUAAAAAAGUGCAUUUUUCUAUUUUAUAUAACCAAUAUAUUCUACGUAUGUUCGAAAAUUUAAAUCCCAUUCCAAAAUUUGGAAAGAAUGUAAAGUUUAAUUGGUACUUACUUAGAUUCGUAAUAAGUUUUUUCUAAGUGUAAUGAAAUCUGAAAAAAAAAGAAUAAAAAUCAAAGUACCCUAGUUUUUACGUUAUGUUUAAGUUAUCUUCCUUCGUUUUAGAAGGCGCUUUAGUAAGUUACUUUUGUGAUAAACACUCAUAAUAUGACUUGACGGGUGGUGAGGUGAGGUAAAGCGUCUUCUUUUUUUUAUUGAUUUGUAAACAUGAGCAUUGCCUUUAAAAAACGGGCGUGGAACAUAAAAAAAAACAUCAAAAAAAACUUCGUAAAAUCUAUUAAGUAGGUAUGUUAUUGACAAAUUGAUAUUUCUUUAUAAGCACGAAAGAAUAAAAAAUGACUAUGCCAUGUUAUUAAACAUCUUUAUAAGUUUAAACCCGCAUUUUCUUAAUAUUGCCUUUAUCUUAAUUAAUUACUGUGUUGGAAAUUUAUUUCCUUGUUCAACAUAAUGUUAACAGUUUAAUUAUUUAAGUUUAAAGUAAGACCUGUGGUCUAUAAGUUAUUAAUUAUUAACAAAGAAGAAAGAAAAAAUAUUGAAAAUGAGAAAUAUAAAAGAUAUCAACUUA